AAUUCGCUACUCUGCCUUUGGAUUUAAGAUCAUGUCCAUUCACAUUGUUGCAUUAGGAAAUGAAGGAGAUGGAUUUCCCGAGGACAAUCGCCAGUCAGGUCUGAUCUGGACUUAUCUAGGGAGAAGUGCUCUCGUUUCAGAGACAGAAAGCAGCUUGUUGCUGAACUCUGAUGCCAGCUCGAUUGCAUAUCCUGUAUUUACUGAAUAUCAAGCCUGUGUGUUUGGAAAUGUCAGACUGGUGGUACAUGAUUGUCCCGUCUGGGGCAUUUUCGACAGUGAUUGGUAUACCUCUCGAAAUCUUAUUGUUGGGGCCGACAUCAUUGUAAUCAAAUACUCUGUAAAUGACAAGUCUUCAUUUCAAGAAGUAAAAGAUAGUUAUAUUCCAGUGAUAAAAAGAACAUUGAGCCAUUGUUCAGUCCCAGUAAUAAUUUCUGCUAUUGGUAUCAGACAAAAUGAAGAAUUACCUUGUACUUGCCCACUGUGUACCUCUGAUAGAGGAAACUGUGUCUCAGCUUCUGAAGGAAUCCAACUUGCUAAAGAACUAGGAGCCACCUACCUUGAACUACAUAGCCUCAAUGACUUCUAUGUUGGAAGAUAUUUUGGAGGAGUGUUGGAGUAUUUUAUGAUUCAAACCUUGAAUCAAAAGUCAUCUGAAAAAAUGAAGAAAAGGAAAAAAGGCAGCAAGUGUCAUGGAAUUAGGCCACCUCAGCUUGAACAACCAGAAAAAAUGCCUGUCUUAAAGGGUGAAGCAUCACACUAUAACUCCGACCUGCAUAACCUAUUGUUCUGCUGCCAGUGUGUGGAUGUGGUAUUUUAUACUGAAGAUUUAAAGGAAGUUGUAGAAGCCCACAAAAUAGUUCUUUGUUCUGUAAGCAAUGUCUUCAUGCUGCUAUUUAAUGUGAAGAGUCCCGCGGAUAUUCAGGACUCCACUGUGAUACGCACUGCCCAGGAUCUCUUUGCUGUAAACAGUGAGACAACAUUUCCAGCUACUAGCCAAGGCCCUCCAUGCAACCCACCAGUAAGAGUCAUUGUUAAAGACUCUCUCUUCUGUUCUUGCUUGUCAGACAUUCUGCACUUCAUUUAUUCAGGUGCUUUUCAAUGGGAAGAGUUAGAAGAAGAUGUAAAGAAGAAGUUGAAAAAUCCCAGUGAUGUUUUAGGUGUAAUUGAGAAGGUUAAAUGUAUAUUGAAAACACCAGGGAAGAUGAAUUGCCUGAAGAAUUGCAGAUCCUAUCAGGCCAAAAGGCCCCUCUGGCUUUAUAAUACUUCUCUCAGGUUUUUCUUUAAUACACCCAUGCUCGCUGAUGUUAUCUUCAAAAUCCAAGGAUCUACUGUGCCAGCCCACAGAGCUGUCCUGGUGGCUCGUUGUGAGGUGAUGGCUGCUAUGUUUAAUGGUAAUUACCUUGAAGCCAAUAGUGUGCUAGUUCCAGUUUAUGGUGUUUCCAAAGAGACUUUCCUUUCCUUUCUAGAGUACCUGUAUACAGAUUCCUGCUGCCCAGCCAGCAUUCUGCAAGCUAUGUCUCUCUUGAUUUGUGCUGAGAUGUACCAGGUAUCUAGACUUCAGCACAUCUGUGAGUUCUACAUCAUUACCCAACUGCAGAGUAUGCCCAGUAGGGAAUUGGCAUCGACAAGCCUCAGUGUUGUUGGCCUACUUAAAAAAGCUAAGUUUCACAACUCUGAUUGCCUUUCAACAUGGCUCCUUCAUUUUAUUGCCACUAACUACCUCAUCUUCAGCCAAAAGCCAGAUUUUCAAGAUCUUUCAGCGGAAGAACGCAGUUUUGUUGAGAUGCACAGAUGGCCAUCCAACAUGUAUUUGAAACAACUUGCAGAAUACAGGAAGUAUGUUCACUCCCGGAAAUGUCGUUGCAUAGUAAUGUAACCUGAAGAUUAUAUUUUUUAAUUUGAUUAUGAAGACUGGAAGAUCUGUGGGCACCAGUAAAAUUUUA